CUUUAAAUUAAAAAGGGGAGCGAGAGGGAUUGUUAAAAGGCCUUAGCACAGGAGGAGACAUCUGAGAGUCCUCUGGUCAUCCUACCCAAUCCAGUCUCUGUCAUUGCUGCUUUGUUCCAUAUUUAGCUCCUGACAACUCUGCCUGUUGCUGGAACUCCCUGCUUCUUUUAUCCCCUCACUCUGUGCUGUCUCUCUUCCUUGACAGCUCACGGACAUUGCUCUUGCUCUUUCCUAGUGAUCUUAACCUGGUACAGCCAUAGUCAGCAAGAUGGCUGAAAAGCAGGAAAACCCUGAAAACACCCAGAAUGGUGAGCCGGAGACUGAAAAUGCAGAGCUGACUGAGGAGGAGAAGGAGAAGGAGAAGGAGAGGAAGAAGAAGGAACUGGAGGAACUGCCCCCCUUUGAAAUUGUGUCAGGGGAACGCCUCCCUGCCUUCUUUUUCAAAUUCCAGUUCAAGAAUGUGGAAUAUAGCUCAGGCAGGAACAAGACCUUUUUAUGUUAUAUUGUAGAAACCCAAGGCAAAGAGUCAGGGACCAUUCGGGGUUACCUGGAGGAUGAGCAUGCAGCAGCCCAUGCUGAAGAUGCUUUCUUUAAUACCAUCUUGCCUGAAUGUGAAUCCAGCCUGCGCUACAACGUCACCUGGUACGUCUCCUCCAGCCCCUGUGUGGCCUGUGCAGAGCGAAUAGCUGAGAUUCUGAAGAAGAACAAAAACCUGCGCCUCACUAUCCUGGUGAGCCGUCUCUUCAUGUGGGAGGAGCCUGAGAUGCAGGCUGUCCUGAAGAAAAUGAAGGCAGCUGGAUGCAAGCUGAGGAUUAUGAAGCCUCAAGACUUUGAAUAUGUUUGGCAGAACUUUGUGGAGCAGGAGGAAGGAGAAUCAAAGGACUUCGUACCCUGGGAGGACAUUCAAGAGAACUUCCUGUAUUAUGAGGAGAAGUUGGCUGAGGUUCUGCACUGAGGCUCACGGCCAGUUUGCAAGAGAUCUGUUACCCAAUGAAGAGACAAGCAUGACAGACUUGGACAUCUGGGACACUCCUUCAGCUUUCCCCAUCUAGCAGGAUGCAACACAAACCUCUAGCAGACAUGGCCCUGAUGGACUAAAAUAUAUAUUUAUCAUGCAGCA